CGAAACUAAUUAUCAAUCACUAGUUUCGUGCGAGAUUGCGAGGCGUUUGAAAGAUUCAUCUGACGGGCCAUCUGCCUUUUUCCUCUAUCCGUUAAGAUGGCUGACGAUCAGAGAGAAGAGUCUUUACAGGGAGUUGCCGAGAAAGUUGAUUCUUCGCCGAAGUUAUUGUUAAAUGGAGAGGUUUUCACUGCUUGUUCUGAUCAUGACGUUGCGGGUUCAUCUCAUUCGGAAGAUGAAGUCGAUCGCAAAUAUCACCACUCUCCCAUCGAUUCCCACUCUGACAAUGACGUUAAAGAUGGUGCUGGACCUUUUCAACCUCCCAGUGAGGAACUGGCUGAGAAAAUUGUCUCCCAAGUCGAGUUUUACCUUGGCGAUGAUAACCUCGCCAAAGAUGCUUUCUUACUGAAACAUGUCCGUCGUAACAGAGAGGGAUAUGUCAACUUGAAGCUUAUAACGUCGUUCAAAAAAGUGAAGACGCUAACAAAGGAUUACAGAGUAGUUGCGGAAGCCUUGGAAAAAUCGAAAGAACUUUCGAUGAAUUCAGAAAAGACGAAGGUAAGAAGGAAUGUGCCGCUUCCUUCAGAACUUCUCGAGCGUAAUCCGGGAAGAACUGUAGUUGUCACUCAUCUAGAAAACGCUACCAUGGAAAGCGUGAGCGAAAUCUUCUCCAAAUGUGGGGAGAUUGAAUUAAUUCGCAUCAUUCGCCCAGGGAAAGCAAUCCCUCUCGAUUUAAAGCCCUACUUUACCAAGCAUCCGGAGCUUGAAAAAGAAACAACGGCAGUUGUGGCUUUCGAAACCAUGGCGGCCGCUGCCCGUGCUUGCAGUGAAAUGUCGAAGGAGGGAGGCAUGAAAGUCGUGGAACUUGGCAAGCAAGGCGCCAAAAAGGAGAAGUCAAAAUCCAAGACGAAAUCUAAAGACAAGGGAAGCGAUGCUGGGCGAGAUUCUGACGAAGAACACGAUGACUCCACAAAGAAACGACGCAAUAGAAAGAAGAACAAGCGUGUACAAGAACUGAUGGGCAAGAACUCAGAUGAUAGUUUUUCAAGCUCAUGUUCUUCAGAUACAGAUAACUCUUAUUCAUCAUUCAGUACCUGUCGACGCCGGUAUAACAAUGGGGGUAACCACACUCCAGACAGGGCUGCUUCCCCCACUGGCACCCCCCGUCCCAUAGGUCGACGGUCACCCCAGAGCAGCCCAGAAUUGCCCAGGAAGCUGGCAAACAUUGUAGUGAAGGAGGGCAGUAACAGUGCUCCAAAUAGCCCAUGGUCGCAGCGCCGCAAGUUUGGAUCACCAAACAGCGGCCAUUCCCCUCACACUAGCCCGCUGGUCGAUUCCACCAGCCCACGUCACCGCAUGAUUCAGUUGGAAGGUGUUGAACGACUUCCGAAAGGACCUGAUGGAACAAAAGGAUUUCACUCAGGUUUCGGACGAGGCAGGCCUCUUGUAGCAGUUGCGUAGGACAUUUUAAUCAGCUACCUAGCUACGAAUAUAAAUUACAAACAUUUGAAGAACAAAUUUAGAGUAUAGUUAUUUAACGUAUACUUGUAGGUUCAAUCUUUAGCAAGAAUGUAGAACUACUCUUAUCAGUGUAGUUGACUGGGAUGUGUUAAUUACAUGACAUGAUGUAUAAACUAAUGUAUUCUGAAGAUAACAUGAGUGUGCUGGAAAAUGCAGGGAAGGUGGAUCGCAAUAUAAUGACAAAACCAAUUCAGUGAAGUGAUAUUGCAGGCUAAAAUUGUUAAUGCAUAAAGAGGCAGCAAAAUUUUUAUCUUUGUAUUGUUAUGGAAGUUGGUUUUGUUUCUAUUUUGAGAACUUCCACUUCUAUUAAAUUUGUCAGUCUUUCUCAAAGGGUGUAUUUUGGGAAAAUGACAAAAUUGUAUAUUUAGGUGUGUUACGUGUAAAUUUACAGUGCAGAAAAUAGUUUCACAUAAUAUGCGUUAUCAUCGUUUCAGCUUGUUUCAAUAAUUCAGAAAAUGGUGUAACAUUGCAAAAAUCUCAAAAAAGUGCUCUCCAGUAUAGCAUCCAUUAGACCUUGGAAUAUUGAAAUACAGUGGUACCAUUUCACUGGAUUUUUGUCUGUAUAUAAGUGGAAUAAAUUAUUGCUCAAUUCCAAAAAUGUUCAGAGAUAACUGUAAAUAGGUAAGGAUGAUCACAUUAUAGAUUUUAUAGACAACUUUUCAAAGCAUGUGUUGAGUUUUCGAUUUUGACGAUUUCAUAGUUUUCUUUUGUAUAUUUUUUUUGGUUGGUGAGCUUGCAAGAACAUAUUAUUUCAAACUAUUGUGUAUAAAAGAGAUAUUGGUAUUCUGAUUGCAAAAAAGACAGACUAAAUUUGUUUCAAAUCUUAUCAGAAAAACGGUAUUCUAUUAGAUCAUUUUCUGGACACGCAGUGGUUCAGCCAUUGAAGUGGACUGCAAGGCUUUAAUGCUAGGAAUAUUCUAAGCUUAAAGUUCGAAGUUCACUUUACCUUGGGUGAGAGGGUGGCUUUCUAAUUGGUUUUCUUCAAAUUGUUUAGGAUGUAAGUUUUUUUUUAUUUUAGUUUAUUUUAGUUUUUCAAGUCUAAUGGUUUGAAACACUGUAACUUGUGUAUUAAAAGAAAAAAAUUGAGAAAUAUCACUUAUUGUGGCUAGUUUUACUACAUGGUAGAACUCUCUUCUUAAAAUGUCAUUUAGUAUAACGGGUAAUCAAGUAGUAAUGAAUGGAAUUAGAAAGUAAUUUUGCACAUUUUGGCAAAAUUCUAACAAAUGUCUGCACCUUUAUGUGGGGGACAAUUAGAAUGUCAAUUAAACACAAGUGAAAUUU